AAACGAGCCCUCUCAUUGGCCUAAAUUUCCCCCCUGCGUCCACAUCCCGGUCAGAUUGGGCCCAGAGGUCAGUCGGAAGCCUCCGGCUAGUGGCGAGACCGGGACCUUAGUCCGCGUAUUAGGCGCUGCAGGGAGUUGGAAAUGUGCGUCUAGAGAGGGACAGCGGCUCUUGGCACCUGCCUCCACCCACCCACCGAGGUCCUAUCCGCCCGCCUUGGCCCCCACCCGUGCUGCCCUGGGGUAGGAAAAGGAGUCUCAGCUGCAGCUUCUGACCUCCCGGGGCACCUGACUCGGGUGUAGAGCUUAGUUUUCCCCUCUGGAAAGUGGACCAGUGGCUUACAGAGGUGUGUGCCAGGGUGGACCGUGGAGGUCUGCUCAUACGGAAGCUUGUUCUUGUAGAGUCGCUCAAAAGUAGGUCCCCAAGGUUCAGAGGCGCGCGGUAUGGGUACCGAGAAUGAAAACCCAGAACCGGACUGCCAGAAACAGUUCCAGGCCGCAGUCAGUGUCAUUCAGAACCUGCCUAAGAAUGGCUCUUACCGCCCCUCCUAUGAAGAGAUGCUGAGAUUCUAUAGCUACUACAAGCAAGCUACCAUGGGGCCCUGCCUCGUCCCCCGGCCUGGGUUCUGGGACCCAAUAGGACGAUAUAAGUGGGAUGCCUGGAACAGCCUGGGCAAGAUGAGCAGGGAGGAGGCCAUGUCUGCCUACAUCACUGAGAUGAAGCUGGUGGCACAGAAGGUGAUCGACACGGUGCCCCUGGGCGAGGUGGCAGAGGACAUGUUUGCUUACUUCGAGCCCCUGUACCAGGUGAUCCCUGAUAUGCCGAGGCCCCCGGAAACCUUCCUGAGAAGGGUCACAGCAGGUUGGAAAGAGCAGGCACUGAAUGGAGAUGCCAGGGCUGCCCCAGAGCUUCCCUGCCCCCCCAGGGAACCAGCACUCCCAAAUCCAGCCCCCGUCUUGUCACCAGUGUCACCUAUCCCCUCCCCAGAGUCCCAGCCACCUAGGGACCUGGACUCCGAGGUUUUCUGUGAUUCCCUGGAGCAGCUGGAACCUGAGCUGCAGGUCUGGACAGAGCAGAAGGGAGCCCCUGGAGGAGAGCCUGACACCAGAAACAGCUCCCCGCUCCCCGCAGAGAAAGAGGGCAGCCCGCUGGGGCCCCAGGAAUUGGACACGUGGCUGGUGGGGACAGUUCGGGCGCUGCAGGAGAGCAUGCGGGAUGUCCAGGGUAGACUGCAGAACCUGGAGAGCCUGCCCAGCGUCGUGGAGCAGAUCUGCUUGGCCCUCACACCUCUGCUCCUGAGCUCCUGCAGCAUCAGUCGCUGCCACCAGUCUCUGAGCCCCAACUGAGUGCCAAACAAACGCGUACUUCAUUAUCUCAUUUAAUCCGCACAGCCCUAGGAACUAGUUUUGCUUUUCAUUUCCCUUUUCCAGAAGAGGAAACCAAGUGUCUGAGAGGCUGGGUAAUUCACCUGAGGGUACACAGCCCAGAGGAACCUCACAGAGCUGCUGUGAGGCUUAGAUGAGGCAAUGUCCACCGCACUUCUCCAAUUACUAUUAUUAUUAUUCACAUCCAGUGACGGAGCUGAGAGCAGCCUCAGGUCUGUCUCCCUCCAAAGCUGGGACUCCCCAUUGACGGAGUAGGUCUGUUCUUGAGAAGCCUGGGGUGGUGGGGGCAGGAAACGGCUAAAUUGCUGGACGUGGGGGAUCACCUGGGUGACCCUAAAUCCCCUUGACACAGUGGAUGUCAGCCAGGGUGGCAGGAAUUUCCUCAGACCCAUCUUUCAACGCCCACCCCCGCAAGGCUUUAUUUAUUUAUUUUAUUUCUAACUCAUUUUAUAUGCUGAAGAUUGUGAUUUCCACCCUGAAAUAGCUGGUUUUCCAUCUCUAAAAAUAAGAACAUUCCACUACCUAGCCCGAGAGGACAUUUUAGCACACACUUCAUAUCGUCACAUCCCCAAUCCAAAUCGAAAUCUCCCCAGCUGUCCCAAAAUUGCCUUUUCCAGCUGCUCUGUCUGUCCAGUCCAGGCACAUGUGCUGCAUGUGGCUUCUCCGUCCUUUAAGACUCCUUUAAUCUAGACCGGUGCUUUCUCCUUGCUACUGACUUACUGAGACUGGGCCAGUGGUCCAGGAGAAGGUUCCCUUCAGGUCUCUCUGAUUACAUCCUCCUGGCUCAUUUACAUGACCAGAUCAUGUCACAUGUGAUGCUCUGCACAUCAGGGGACACAUAUCUGGAUGUCCCACAGCUAAUGAUUCUAGCACGGACCACUGGCGUGGAUGAAGGAGGAGUGCCGGUCCGAUCUCACUACUGUUAAGUCGUGUUUUCCUCUUGCCAGCCAGGGCAUGUCCUGCUCCCCUGACCCCAUUUGCCACGUGAUUUUUGACCAUUUAUGGAUAAGCCCUGCCUCGAUCGAUAAUUUAUUUGGAAAAAAGAAACGUUGACUUUUAAAUUCUCUUAUUCCUUUAACAUUUAUUAGGGUGACACUUUACUGUAGAGUUUCAUCUAGGAUUUCCCUGAAGUACAGCGCCUUAUGGAAAGGCAGAAUGAGUGCUUAAUUCAUUCUCUUUAAUUACCUAUCUUAAAGUAAGGAGUUGAUUGAACAGCCACCUCAACAGUGACAAAUUUCCAACUUUCUCUUUGAGUAUCAUUAUGGACUAAUGGAUUUUAAAGAUUCAGUCUCUCAAUCAACUGAAAUUAUUCUUUGUGAUGCUUAGACUGGAACAAUUUUGGUCAAUGGAGACCCUUUCAAGCGGGGUCCUAUGUUCUUAUAACAUGACCUCAUUAAUCUUUAAGUUUCCUUGUUUUCUGGUACAAAAUGUCCCACAUUCACCUCUGCCUUCCCUGCUCGGAACCUGGAAUUCGCCACUUCUCCAAGGAGCCCUGGCUCCUUUUAGCAGAGAAUGAGAUUUAGAAGCUAAACUCUGAGCACCAUUUGAAAUAUAUGGCACAUCCUUUAUAAUAUUCGGUGUUCAGGCCACACCAACGGGGCCACUGCUUUGUGGCCCAGUAGAAACAGCCUAGAAGCCAUUCUCUCCACCGGGCAGCCCCUACAGGCCCCUUGGCACCUGGGAUUGCCCUCAGAGGAGGAUGCGGGGAGGGCACUGGAGGUCAGCUGUCAGGGACACACUGGGAACCCCAGGAGCCUUUCCUUUCUAGUGGUGCAGAUUCAGGGGUAGGGCCUUCCCUAUCUCAGUUCUUGCGAUCUUAGGGAGACGCAACUCCCGCUUAGCUCGGGAAGCAGGUUCCUAAGGAAUUGCCCGGUCUGUGCCCGAAGCCUGGGCCGGCCCCUGACUCCCUCCCUCUCGGCAGCAGAGGACCCCGCCCGGUGCCCGGCCAUGGCCCCUCAGGCUCUCGGGUCCCACGCUGCUCUUCUUCCUCCUGUGGCCCUUCAUCGUCCAGUGGCUCUUCCGACAGUUUCGGACCCAGAAGAGGUGACUCUCAGUGGAGGGGUCUCUGUAGCCAACUGAGGUGGCUAAUGAGCCCCCUGUCCUGCUGUGCCCUGAGCCUUCCUAGGGUUUAGGAGAACAGCAUUAACUCUGUGUUCCCACCAUUCAGUGUUUGCCUCUGCACCGCUCCCUUAUCGGGGGGCCAUUUAAGAGCCCAUCCUUCCCAGCGGCUUCACAUGGACACCUUCUCCUCUCCCGCCCAAACACCCAGGCUCCCUGGUGAGGGUGCAGUAGUGGUGCACGUCCCGGGUUCUGAGUUGGCCGUGACUCGGGGGCGGGGCUGCCGGGUCUCAGCCUCCGCCCUCCCCACCCUCUGGGUCACCUGACUCUUCUCCCACCCCAGUCUCUCCCGGUGGAGGCCCAGCUCUUGGGCAAGUUGAGACUUGGGCCGGGGCCUGGAAGAAUGAUUGGCUGAGAGGCUGCGGGAGGAAGGCCAGGAGGCCCGGCCGAGUUGGGGGCAGGGGAGUGAGCUCCGUUUUGCUGGUCUCCCUCCCCCUGCACAUACACACUCAGGACGUCUUCACGGAAGACUCACAAAUGUUUCACUAAAUAAAAUAAGACCUUGA